AUGGAGGCGAGCACCAUCGGUCUGAGCGGGGCCAACUUCAUCGACGAGCUCCUGGCUGCACUGCAGGACGACGGCGUCGGCGCCCCACCCGGCCUCGCCACGGCCACGCUCGUCGUCGGGACGCCCGCGCUCGCCAACUUCACCGUCCCCGUGGCGCGGUGGGUGGCCCGCACGCCCUGGUCGCUGUGCAGCAACAUGUGUGGACCGGGGGAGCGCACCCGCAUGGUGGAGUGCGUGGGGGCUUGGGGCAACAAUGGCACCGACCUGUGCAACGCAAACGCAGCGCCUGGAUUCACCAUGGAAUCGUACAUGCCCGACUCCGAGCCCUGCGAGCAGUACACCUCGUGCGCCUACGACUGGAGUUGCCCCAGCGGCCCAGACCCUGUCACGGGCGAGGGCUGCGAGACGCAGGCAUCGGGCGUGGCAAUUGGGAUUGCUGUCGCUUUCCUGUGCUUUGGUUGCCUCCUCUGCCAGUACAUUCGGAGAAGCAAGAGGGCGCUGGAGGACAAGCUGAACGACAUGCUAGGGUUCAAGAGAACGAACAUCUAUUGGGAGGAUGAGGAUGGGAGGGAAGAGACCACUGACAGCAUAUCCCACCAGCUGUUCUAUACUGGGCAGGCAGUAGAGUACUGGUCGAAGCCGCAUCAGACAUGGCUACCAGCCAAUAUCCUUGCUGUCAAGGAAACGCAAUACUACGACAACGCCCUGAAGUUCUACGCGCUCAGCUUCGAUGUCUCCACGGGGUCGGCCGAGCAGAAGGUGCAUGGCGUGGACAUGAUGAACCUGCGCGUGCCUUUUGUGCAUGGCGAAUUGGUGAGCGUCUUUUCCCAGAAGUAUGGGAAAUGGUUUCCGGCCCGCAUCCACGAGUCGUGGUAUGAUGUCGACACGAGGAUCGAAUACGAUGUCAUGUUGGAGGAUGUUUUUGAUGACUACCUGGGGACGUACGUCCUGUCCGAGCUGCAGAAGGACCUCGAGAGGCACUGCAUUGACCGGGGCGAGAACCUGCCGGCACUGAAGAAGAUUCCGGCCAAGCGCCUGAGGAGGCGCUACAACAGCGGGGACCGCGUCCGUGUCUACAGGGGUGCCGACGAGGGCUUCGUGGAG